AUGCAAACUGAUCGCAUCCGCGAACGUCGCAAGAACCCUGCACAGGACGAGAUACUCAAAACUCUCAACCUCCUUUCGUCGGAUGUCCACCUACUUCUGGCCCCGGCAGACAUCGAGGACGAAGCCAAAUGGUAUGGCUGGUUCGCAGACACGCUCAAUACGUGUGGUGAGGCCAAACGCGCCAAUCGCGACUUUAAAACAACUGAGGCAGUCGCUCACAUACAACGGGUCGACCCUAAUCCUUACGCCGUGCUAUGGGCCGGCGACGAGUUUGUCAACUCGCCUUGCCCUAAACUAUACGGGGGGACCCGCAACUACAAACGUCGCUCGUCAAAACUAGACCCAACCCAUUGUGACGACCUGUUCAACGACUGUCUACCUUCGUCUCGCCUUGUCGCGGGCAUCGCUGUGUCUGACACGCGGACACAGACGGCGACGAACCCUUUCGUCAAAGCGUACAUCGACCGAGUACAAGCAACGGGUCUCAUUGACACUGGAGCAACCAGUAGUUUCAUCAGUGCGUCAUUUUGGCAUCGUCUCGGCCAGCCCCCACUCAAACAACCUCGUCUGGGCUUUGUCACUGCAGACAACUCGAAUCUCGACAUUUCGGGCCGCGCUGACGGAUUAUCACGUCUACCAGUUUGUCCGAUCGAGACGAGAAGUAUCAGACGUCUGGUGGCCCAGACUGACCCAGACCUCACGACGGGGAAAGAAUCUAGUCGAACCAGGUCGCCUUCGUCGCAACCUCCACACAGCCGAGUCUACCAGAACCAACCUCGAACAACCCCCAGCUCAUUGACUUGUACGACCGACGGGCUCGACCUUCGCCCCGGCUGA